AUGAGUGAUAAAUUUAAGCCUCCAAGGAAAACACUUCCCAGAAGAUCUCUGUUACCUGAACCAUCUGGAGAGAGUUCAACAGAUGAUGAAGCAAACGAAGUUGAGAGAAACGUCCCCUACAAAGCUCUUCUCAUGAGAGCUCGGCCAUUUGAUGAGGAUGAUUCAACGGACAGUGAAGCAACGGACAGUGAUGCAACAAGUCCAGAGGAGUUAGAAGAGAGUCCAAAGAAGAACAAUGAUGCAAUAGACGAGCCGUCGAACAAGACGAGAAGACUGCAUAGGAGGAAGAUGAAUGCCCCUCGAAGAAUCAUUUCUCCAGAAGCAGAAGUUAACCAGACUGAUGCAAAGCCGUGCAACAGUGGGGGAUCAGGGAAGGCCCAUUCUGAUCAACGUGUCGCCCCAGAAGAACCAUAA